GAGUUAAAGGAUGGAAGCACAGAACAUGUGAAGCCAUUCAAUGCAUUCUAUAAAUUUGGAGGAAGGUACUUGGCAAUGGGGAAGUGGAGAAGAAGAUGGAGCUUGUUGAGCUUGAAGAGCUACUCAAUGAAGUCAGACAAACCUUCAAGAGUGGCAAAACAAGGAGCUUUUCAUGGAGGAAACGCCAAUUGGAAGGGAUAUUGGAAUUCCUCCAUGAUAAGGAGCAGGACAUCUUCAGUGCACUCAAACAGGACCUUGGCAAGCAUAAAGUUGAGGCCUUUAGGGAUGAGGUUGGUGUUUUGAUUAAAUCUGUGAACUAUGCUCUGAGUAAUCUGAAGAAAUGGAUGGCAUCCCAAAAAGUUCGUAUGCCAUGGGCUUUUUUCCCUUCAAGUGCAGAGGUGUUGCCUGAACCUCUUGGUGUUGUUCUGAUCUUCUCCUCUUGGAAUUUUCCCAUAGGACUGGCCUUGGAACCAUUAAUUGGAGCAAUUUCAGCUGGAAAUGUUAUGGUAUUGAAAACUGCAGAACUAGCUCCUGCAUCAUCAGAUUUAAUUGCAAAUGUUCUUCCAUUGUAUUUGGACAACAAAGCUAUUAAGAUCAUUCAAGGUGGACAAUUUGUUGGGGAGCAACUCUUGGAUUGCAAAUGGGACAAGAUUUUUUUUACUGGAAGUGAACGUGUCGGACGCAUUGUCAUGACAAAAGCCGCAAAGCAUUUGACACCGGUAGUUCUUGAAUUAGGUGGGAAGUGCCCGACAAUAGUCGAUACUCUUUCAAAUUUAAGAGAUCUAAAGGUGGCUGUUCGGAGAAUAGUUGGCGGAAAAUGGGGGCCUUGUUGUGGCCAAGCAUGCAUAGGAGUUGAUUAUCUACUAGUGGAGGAUAAAUUCGCACCGAUUCUUAUUGAUUUGCUGAAGACUACAAUCAAGAGAUUUUAUAUAGAGUCUGAUAACAUUUCGAGGAUUGUCAACAAACAACAUUUCCAGAGACUUUGUGAUCUCCUGAAUGAAUCAUCCGUUAGAGAUUCCAUUGCAUUUGGUGGUUCCUCUGAUUAUGAAACCUUAAAAGUCGAACCAACCAUUUUGGUCAAUCCUCCACUUGAAUCUCUUCUAAUGACCAAAGAAAUCUUCGGUCCAUUACUACCCAUCAUCACUGUGAAGAAGAUCGAAGACAGCAUAGAAUUUAUAAGCGAAAGGCCGAAACCGCUUGCCAUUUAUGCAUUCACAAAGAAUGAACACUUGAAACAACGAAUCAUCGCGGAGACUUCUUCCGGGAGUAUCACUUUCAAUGACACAAUGGUUCAAUAUGCUUGUGAUGCAUUGCCAUUUGGAGGAGUUGGAUUGAGUGGGUUUGGGAAGUAUCAUGGGAAAUUCUCAUUUGAUGCAUUCAGCCAUGGAAAAGCAGUACUGAGAAGAAGCUUUUUGAUUGAAUUUGUUUGCAGGUAUCCACCAUGGAAUGACAUGAAACUUCACUUCAUGAGAUGUUUAUACCGGUUUGAUUAUAUUGGUCUUCUUCUCAUGUGUUUGGGAUUGAAGAAGGAAUAGAUACAAUUAACCUGAGUGCCUUGUUUCUUUUCUUUGUUUUUUUGGACUUUUUUUAGUUCAAUAAAUCUCUGUUUUGAACUUCAGUAUAUUAUUAUAAAAUGCGCAAAUAUUACUUUUGGAUUCGGUAAA